AUGUCUGCCCGGCGACAGGCGUCCACGACCUCUCUCUCGCAGUUUGCUCGCUCUGGUUCCCCCGAUCCUACUUCACGCUCUAACGACUUUUGCAACGCGUUCUGGGGCCUCGGCGAUGGUGGAGCGGACGUUCUGUUUGCGCGGAUGCGCGGAGGCGCGAGGACAGUAGAGGAGUUAAAGAACUUCUGGAAAGAGAGGGCCAUUAUCGAAGAGCAGUACGCGAAACGAUUGGCGGGUCUGUCGAAAUUCACGCUGGGCAGGGAUGAGAUUGGCGAACUCCGGGCUGCCAUCGACACCUUGAAGCAGGAGACGGAGAAGCAGGCAGCGUCCCACUUGGUUGUUGCUCAGGCGAUCAAGGCCGAACUCGAAGUACCAUCCCAGAACUUCAUUCAGAAGCAGCAGCAGCACAAGCGUGGUCCUCAAGCGGCGAUCGAAAAGGAUCUGAAGAACAAGCAGACGCAAGAGGGCUACGUCGCUCGUGCCCGGGAGAAGUACGAGCAGGACUGCAUGCGCAUCAACUCCUACACCGCCCAAAGCACCCUUAUCCAGGGCCGCGAUCUCGAGAAGGUGCACAUGAAGCUCGAACGCGCGCAGCAGACUGUACAAGCAAACCAGCGGGACUACGCCAACUUCGCGCGCGCGCUGCAGGACACAAUGCAAAAGUGGGAGCGGAGUUGGAAGGAGUUCUGCGAUACUUGCCAGGAUUUGGAGGAGGAGCGCAUCGAGUUCAUGAAGGACAACAUGUGGGCAUAUGCGAAUGCAGUGUCGACGGUCUGUGUGUCUGACGACGAGUCUUGUGAGAUGCUUCGUCUCGCACUGGAACAGCUCGAGGUCGAGAGGGAUAUGGAAGGCUUCGUACGCGACUAUGGAACCGGUGGCGCUAUCCCUGACCCCCCUCCGUUCAUCGACUACUCCAGCCCCGAUGCGCAGCCCGCUUCGUCACAGCGCCCCACUACCCACUCAUCCUCCUUCGUCCGCCAGUCAAGACGCCCUCGCCAGCCCUUACCCCCUCAGCAGGGUCCGCCAGAGCCUGAGGAGGAUCCAGUGAACAUGACAGGUGUAGGGACGGGACCACAGCUCUCCAAUGUCGACACACGCAGCAGGCAGAGUUUGAGGCAGGACCAGAUGCAACCACCGAACGGUGGCUCGAUGACGAAUGGCCGCGCAACACCGAAUGUGGGUAUGCGUCCUGCGGAUCCUCAGGCCGACCCCAUUGACCCCACCGCGCGAACGAUGCUGAAGGUCGGUGCUGGUACUUACGAAGUCGACCUCGCCAAGGAUCCCCAGGCUCACGUCGGUCCGACGUCGAACGGCUCUCAGAUGAACCCCCGGGUGGGACAAGACGAUGACCCGAUUGCCCGGCAGAUGAAUGAGCUGAAGAGCCAAGGCACUGUGCGCCGCAGCGGGCAAUUCAAGGCGCCCUCGGGACAGCAGUCUCCUCCUGAUUCGAUUGCGUCUCGCCGUGACCCUACCGGCAAGCUGUCUCCUCCCCCAGGUGGAGCGCCAGCCACCAACCGCGAUUACCGCAAGUCUGCCGAGUUCGUCGUUGGCUCGCUUCCUCCACAGGCAGCGACGUCACGGCCUGCUUCUCCCAACCCAAUAACUAACGUCUUCAUGAAACCCCCUCAAUCGACUGGUCCUGGCGGCAUGUCUGUCCAAACCGUCCUUGCCGAUUAUCAGCAGUCCCUUCCUGGCGAACGCAAGUCCAUUAGCAGGUCAAACAGCCGCUCGAACAGCAAGCUUGCGAGGCCGACAUCCAGCGGCGUGGCGGGCAUCGGUGCGCAGGGGCGGAGCCCGAGUCCUCAACCAUUCGGGCAGAUCUCACGCAGCGCAAGUCCCGCCGCGGUGCACCGGAAUAGCUUCAGUCGCCCACCCACCGGUCAAGGCCAUACACAUUCCGGUUCCAACGCCCGCCAGGGCUCCAUCUCGAUCCCCCAGCAGCCCGCCCAUCAACAGCGCCCGACAAGCCCCGGCAUCGGCAUCCAGCUCGAUCCGAGUGGGCGCGUCGUGGCAGACGAGAUGGCCUCCCAGUUCCGUCAACCCCAACAAGGCCCUCCAGCGGGGCAGCCGCCCGCACAGAACUUCGGCGCGCCGCCCGCACAGCAGAAGCAGAUGCAACGCCGGCCGAGCUACAACGCCGGCCCAAAUGGUGCGCCGUACGUCGCGCCAUCCCCGGCCCAACAGCAGUACGCCGGUGCCCCUGCGUAUGGUGCACCACCCGCCCAGCAACCUCCGUACCAGCAGCCUCCGCCGCCACAGCAGGCGCAAUAUGGUGCGCCUCCACCUCAGCAGCAAUACCCAGGAUACCAGCAGCCACCCCAACACACUGGGUACCCGUCGACAGACAGCUCGCUGGCCGUCGUUUCGAAUCGUGGUUCCAUGAACGGGUAUUAUCAGCCGCCCCAGCAGCCGCCCCAGCAGCAACCCCAGCAACCGCCAGCCGCCCCAGCAGGAAACCAGCCCCCACCCACGGGGCAGUAUACCGACGAUGGUCGUGGCGUGCUCUUCUAUGUCAAGGCGAUGUACAACUACCGUGCCACGAUCGAGGAAGAGUUCGACUUCCAAGAGGGCGACAUCAUCGCAGUCACCGCCACGCCAGAAGACGGCUGGUGGAGCGGCGAACUGCUGGACGAAGGCCGGAGACAGCCUGGCCGCCAUAUCUUCCCCAGCAACUUCGUCUGUCUGUUCUAG